AAGUGGACUAGUUAUUAAAAAUAACUACUGAUACAAAACUCUCAUUACAUGAUUUGAAACAGCGCGUGGAUCGUAUAACUCCUUUUACCAAAUAUCUAGUCCAACAGAAAAAGUAAGAGAUGUACUACCAUUAAAAACAAUUGAUGAAAUAAAGGAGUUUAAUGACAAUUUGUCAGAAGAAAAAAUGCAAUCUCAGUUUAAAAAUUUUAUUUCAAAAAUUGGGGGCCAAGGAGCUCGUGAUAAUAUAAAACGAAUAUUAGAACGAUUAUUUACAAAUGAAGUAGCAAUAAAAUGCUUAUGGAAAGGAAAGAAAAAUAAUUUUCGUGUAAAUAAUUUAAAUUUAAUAAUAAUAAUGAAAGAAAUAAUUUUAGACACUCAUCCAACUGUAAAAGAAAUAGAAUUUGAAACUGAAUGUGCCGAUUGGUUGCGUUUUGCCAAACAACGAUUCGAUCGAGAGAAUAAAAAAAAGGAAUAAGUUUGUUGAAGAAGUAAGUUGAAAAUUAUUUUGAGGAGAGGAUAUCUAUAUG